AUGUCAUACCCAGAACCAGUCUCCUAUUCAUCCCUCAAGGACCUCAAGAAGGGCAAGGGCCACGGCGGCGGCGGCGUGCCUCCACCACCCCCCUCGUCCUAUGCCCAGUUUUACGACGUCGAGCCAGCCCAGACAUCCUCUUGGCGCCAGCAGAACCCCGCUCCUUCUCGUCCAGUCGCGGUCAACCCCACCAAAUACGUGGAUCCCUCGAAGCGCAAGGAAGGACAGGACGCGCCAACUUACCACCGCAAAGUAGCCGAGGGGGACGGCAAGGACCAGCAGCCGGCCCAGGGUGGGGUGUGGAACAACGUGACCAACACUGCUAGCCAAGGCUGGGACAAUGUCAACGAUGCGAACCGCCGUGACCAGGUGCUUGGCGGUAUCGGGCACGGCGCAGCCAAGGUCGCUGGCGGCGCCAUCAAGAUGGUCGGCAAGGGUAUCUGGGCUGUCGGCAAGGCCGCCACCCGCUAG